AUGGUGCGCCUCGUAGAGUUGAGGGCGGUGUUGACCGUGCUCUCGUUGGCGCUUGCCGCGCUGCAUCAUCAACAGCAGCUUCUGGUCGCGUUGCUGCGACAAUUGCACCGGGAGGAAGAUGAAGAGGACGACGAAGAACCGCGACCCAAGCGCCGCCGCACGGUUCGGCCGAGAGCGGACUACCGCACCUUGCCUUGGGCAAGGAUGCUUGAGAAGGCCGACCUAUUGCAGGACCCUUCGACGAGAGAGGCAAAGCAGUUUCGGCGAAGGUUCCGCGUACCCUACCCUUUCUUCCUCUCCCUUGUAGACGAAGUGAAGGCGGGGAACUGGCCUGGAUUCACGACAGACGAGUUCGAGCUUGGCGGGAGAGGCACCAGGCGCUGCAUCCCCGUGGAAACAAAGGUUUUGGCGGUGCUGCGCAUACUGGGCAGAGGAAACUAUUUCGACGAUGUCUCGGAGGUCACCGGCAUGGGCGAGGCCACGGUGAACCACAUGUUCCACAAGUUCACGGAGAGAUUCGCGCGUGAGUUUUUUCCGGUAUGGGUGAGGAUGCCGAAUGAAGACGAGCUGAAGGACAUCAUGAAAACCUAUGACGAGGUUGGAAUGUCGGGCGCCAUGGGGUCGAUGGAUGGGACGCACAUUGAGUGGACGUUGUGUCCUUAUUCCCAACGCACGUCGCACAUUGGCAAGGAAGGCUACGCUACCCUCGUGUACAAUGUUGCCGUCAGCCACGACAUGCGUGUUUUGUCGUGUACGCGGGGCUUCCCCGGCGCCCAGAACGACAAGACCAUCAUCAAAUUCGACAAGUUCGCGAUGGCGGUUCGAAACGGCUGGUACAAGGACGUAGAGUACACUCUGAAGGGCGAGGACGGAGCGGACAUCAAAGAGAAAGGGCCAUGGUUGAUAGUGGACGGCGGAUAUCACAACUGGAAGCAGCUCCAGAGUCCGAUCAGGGCGCCAUCAAACAAGGCCGAGUCAGGGUUCAAGAGACAGCUCGAGAGCGUCCGCAAGGACUCGGAGUGCUGCUUCGGCGUCGUCAAGGGGCGGUUCAGGAUCUGCAAGAUGCAGUUCCUCUACAGGAAGAAAGAGAGGAUCGACAACAUCUUCUUCACGUGCAUCAUACUGCACAACAUGCUUCUCGCCUACGACGGGAUCGAGCUCUUGGAGCCGGACUGCGACUGGGCCGGAGCGGACGGCGACCUCGACAAAAACAUCGAGCACCCUGUAGUGCGGAUGAGUGCGCCCACGCACGAGGAUGCAGUCGUGGAGUGUGAUGACGGCUUCGACGCAUUGAGGCAGAAGUUGGUGACCAACUUCGCUUACCGAUGGGGACAGGGGACCGUUGGGUGGAAGAGGUCGUGAUGACCCGUGGGAAGUCACAUGGUGCUAUGUUGAUGGCGGGGAGGUAGGGGGGCGGGGGGGCGUGUGGGAGGCGUUGUCCGCCCCUUCGGCUGUAAUUAGUGGCACUUUUUUUUCCCCCCGUUAAAGACCACGUCCUUCUCCGCCCCUCCGUCGUCAGCAUCGUCAUCUUUCGUUUUUGGUCCUUGUUGCCAAGUCUUGCCUUUGCCUUUGCCUGGGCCUUGUUGAUACUUUGCCGUGUUGUUGUUGUCUCCUCGUCGUAUGUGAUCUCUUUUUUUAUUUCGUAUCUGGCCUGUUUUCGAUUCCCCUUUCCGCGGCUUGCGCGUCUUGGCCCUUAGCAUACUACAACUGUCUGUAUUCUUGCGUAUUGUCAUCAGAUUUGGCAUUUGUGUCUCGGUGUACUUUCUUUUCUCUGUCCAUCUUUGCACCUUUUUGCUUGAUGGGUGUGGAACAGCCUCUAGUUUAGGCGGAGUUUUCUUCCCUCUUCUGGAGCAGGACCGUCUUUUGUGUGCUUGCUCUUCGCCACAUUUAUUAUUGUGCCCCGAGGGGUUAGCCCCAUCGGGUUUCAGAUUGUUUUAGUAUCAUGACGCGUGCGUAUAAUAGUUUUGUUUAUUUUCUUUGCGGUUGCGACUGUAUCCAAGUGUGACAACAGGCUCCGUGGAGUUUCCUUUGCCUUUUGCGUUGCCUUGUUGGGACCUUGCGUUUGCCGUAUUGUUGUUGUCUCCCUGUAAUCGUAUCUCGAUAUGUUUUUUUUUUCUUUCGUGUCUAGCCUGUUUUCGCUUCCCUCGUCCGCGGCUUGCGCGUCUUCGCCCUUCGCAUGCAACUGUCGGCGUGUCUUGCGCAUUGGCAUAGGUGUCUCGAUGGAUUUAUUUUUCUCGGUCCAUCCUUGCACCUUCUUUCAACUAACCCUAUUUUUUAUUCUGACGGGUGCGGGAAGCCUCUAGGCUAUGUAGCCGGAGUUUCCUUCGCUCUGCUGGCGGAGGACUGUUUUAUAUUGCUUGUUUUUCGCAGCAUUAUUUUUGUGUCCCGAUUAGACUCAGCACGGUUCGGUUUGUGUUAGCAUCGCAUGACGCGUGCGCACAACAAUUUUGUUUAUUUUUUUUGCGGGGUCGAGUGUACCCAAAUGUGUGGCCACAGGCUCCAACGGAUGUUUUGGAAAAGAGAGCUACAGCAGUACAUGCCACGACACCGAAAAACGAAACGUGCACCUGCAUAUUUUGUGGUUUAGUGGUCCGGCAAAAAAAAACUUGUCAUGCACGUCAUGUUGUGCGCAGAGUGGCGAAACACCGGUACUGCUGUGUUGGCCCGUA